AUGUUGUGUUACUGUUGGAAUAUUAGGAAAGGACCAGCAGCCUCUGGAGACCUGAAGAAGGUAGUAGGUGCCAUUGAUGGGUCUGUGACUUUCCCUCUAAACUCGAUACCACAUGUUGGCAGCAUUGUCUGGAUCUUCAACACAACACUUGUGACCUACGAGCCGCCACAAAAUGGCAGUUCAGCUACUUUCAUAGUGAGCCAAACCCAUAAAAAGGGAAGAGUGAGCUUCCCAAAUGACGAGUACACCCUGAAGCUCAGCAAACUGGAGAAGAGUGAUUCGGGGAUCUACAGGGCGGAGAUACACAGCUCACACCAAUCUUCACCAAUUCGCUCUCAGAAGUUUGUGCUGAAUGUCUAUGAACACUUGUCAAAGCCCAAAGUCACCAUAGGUCUGCAGAAUAAAAUGAAUGGCACCUGCAUGGCCAAUCUGACAUGCUCCAUGGAACAGCAAGGAGAAGAUGUUACUUACAGCUGGGAGUCCAAGGAGAAAGCAGAAAAUGAGUCUCAGGAAGGCGCCAUCUUCCCCAUCUCCUGGAGCCUAGGGAAAAGGAACAUGACCUUCAUCUGCAUAGCCAGGAACCCUAUCAGCAGAAGCUUCUCAGAUCCUAUCUCCUCUUGGAAGCUCUGUGAAGAGGUCAUUGAAGAGAAGAAGGGAACGGAAAUACAUCAAGUCAUUCCUAACAUCUGCUCCCAUUCAGGAGGGAACACACUGUAUGACACAAUUUCUUACACAAAUAAACGUACCCCAGAGGAAGAUACAGUGAAUACACUUUAUACCAUCGCCCAGGUACCAAAACAGGUGGAGAAAUCUCACAAAAUACCCACGACUUUGGACACAGCAGGGCUAUUUCCUCAUGAGACUAUCAUCUGA